CAGGUCUCGGCCGUUUCCGAAUGCUGAGAGCAACGAGAGGAAUUUGGAAGCAACAGCCCCAUUGCUUGUUCAACCUCCAGAGUCUCCUCGCUCUCUCUCCCCGCAUGGCUGCUCCUCCUCCCGCUUCCCCUUCUAGGGUUUCUGCUUCUUCCUUCUCCGCUGGGCCGCCGCCGAAGCGCGUGGGCACCCACAACGGCAGCUUCCACUGCGACGAGGCCCUCGGCUGCUUCAUGAUUCGCCUCACCAGCAAGUUCUCCGACGCCGAAAUCGUCCGCACCAGAGACCCCCAGGUGCUGGAGGGUCUUGAUGCUGUACUUGAUGUUGGGGGCGUGUACGAUCCGAGUAGAGACCGGUAUGAUCAUCACCAGAAAGGUUUUGAGGAGGUAUUUGGGCAUGGGUUUUCCACCAAGCUCAGCAGUGCUGGUUUAGUUUACAAGCAUUUUGGGAAGGAGAUAAUAGCUAAGGAGCUUCAGGUCGAUGAAAAUCAUCCGGAUGUGCAACGGCUGUUUCUUGCUGUGUAUAAGAGCUUCAUGGAGGCAAUUGAUGCUAUUGACAACGGAAUAAAUCGGUAUGACACCGACCUGCCUCCAAGAUAUGUGAAUAACACGCAUUUGUCUUCAAGAGUCGGAAGACUGAAUCUGGACUGGAUUGAUCCUGAUCAAUCUUCGAAGAAGGAGAAUGAGGCAUUUCAGCAGGCUAUGUCCUUGGCUGGCAGCGAAUUUUUAGAUAGUGUACGAUUCCAUACAAGGUCGUGGUUACCAGCAAGGUCCAUUGUAAUGGAGUGUCUUGCAGCCAGAUAUGGUAUUGAUUCAAGUGGAGAAAUUAUGGUUUUAAAUCGAUUUUGUCCCUGGAAGCUUCAUUUGUUUGAGCUCGAGGAGGAGAUGAAAAUUGAACCUUCCAUCAAAUAUGUGCUUUAUCAGGAUGACCGGAGCAAAAACUGGCGGGUGCAGGCAGUUGCAAUGGCUCCUGACAGAUUCGAAAGCCGGAAGGCUCUUCCAGCUCAGUGGCGUGGUCUGAGAGAUGACGAACUCUCCAAAGAGUCGGGCAUCCCUGGCUGUGUAUUCGUCCACAUGAGUGGGUUCAUUGGCGGGAAUCAUACUUAUGAGGGCGCUCUUGCGAUGGCCAGAGGCGGUUUAAAGCUCUAAGAGGAAAGAAGAUUGGAUUAACACAGUCUCGUGGGAGGCGAGCUUCAUAGAGCGUCGUGUUAGCUAGCAACCUGUGCUCGUAUUCCCUUGCGAUUUUCCUUAUCUCCCAAUGCCCCUGUAACUUUAAGUGGAGAUUCAUUUGAUUGGAUUGGUCACUUCAUAAGGGACAAUUGCUACAAAAGGAGAGCAGGAUUGGCGAUGGAAUUUUUUAUGUGGGUCGGGUAGAGAUCGGCCCUUAAUUCAGCUUUUACACAACAUGCUGCAUGGACUCUUCUUU